AGAAGAGGAGGAAAUCGAAUGACGGCGAUUCAACGAAGGUCGAUUUUUCUACGUGGAAAAGAAAAAAGAAGCAAAACGUACGUCGUGAAGAAGGACGAUGCAACGGUCAAUUAAUUUUGUAGCAUAUUUCGAAAUUUCGCAUUGCGUUCGGUGCAGUAAAAAAAAAAAAAAAAUGAAAAGAUUAUUAUUAUACAAACGUACAAACAAAUACGUAUAUCUGACCAUGGACUAUAUAUAUAUCAGCGACGAAAGAAUUUCACAUGUACUUUCGUCAAUUCAGUUCAACACAUCAUCUGAUCCAACAGGAUGAAUCAGCUCCUUUUGGGCGCAAUCUGCGCCCUCGCAGCGGUAAAUUUUGCGUCGGGAUCGUCGUGCGACAAGCAGGUGAUACCGGAAUACUCGUUCACCAUAUCGGGAAGAAAUUUGGUAUGGCCGUGCGCUAGUACGAAGAACAUAUAUCAGCAGAACGGACGUCACGUUCCCCGCAACAUAAUCUCAACCAGGAUACAGUUCAACAAGGACGAGGCUUACGUGGCCAUGCCGCGUUUCAAGACCGGAGUCCCGUUCUCCCUCGGUGUUGUUUCCCUGAAGAACAAGGGCUGUUCUCCGCUUAGCGUGGCUCCCUUCCCCUGCUGGGCAAUGCAGGAAGAGGGCAAUUGCGCGGCGAUCCAGAGCGUCGUCGAUCUCGACGUGGAUUCGGCGGGAAAUCUCUGGGUCCUCGACGUGGGAAUCGUGAACACCCUGGACGCCCAACCCGUUCGACGGUGCCCACCGAAGGUCCUCGCGAUCGACGUCAAGAGCGGAAAGGUCCUGAAGGUCAUCGAUCUCGGAAACCUCGUCAGCUCCGCUUCACGUCUGCAGUAUCUCGUCGUCGAUUCCACCCCGGACGGACAAGUUUUCCUCUACAUAUCCGACGCCGCUACUCGCGCACUGAUCGUUUACAACGCCGUACAGAUGCAAGGAUACCGUGUGGUCCUUCCCAAGGCCGUUACACUCGGAUGUGCGCGAAGGGACGUCCUCUACUUGGCUCUGGCGAGAAAGUCGUGCGGCACUUCGGUGUUGUACUUCACUUACCUGAGCUCCAGCCGAAUGUUCAGUAUCAAGACUCAGCAUCUCCGGAAGGGAUCGACCAACGGAGCCGUCGUUGACGUCGGAGUGAAAAACGACAGGAUUGUUCUGCUCGGAACCGAUAACGGCGUAUCGAUAUUCUUCCGAAGAAGAGGUGAACCGGAUAUCUACAUGUGGAAUACAGAAACGGCGUUCAAGAGCGACAACUUCCUGCUGGUGCAAAAGGGAGGAGAUUGCCGUCUCGCUACCGCCGUUGUACCCGGUUACAAACGUCUCAUGUGGGUCCUCGAAAGCAACUUCCACGACUUUAUUCAGAACACAGUGGGCUGCACGGGUCCCUCCGUCGUGCUUCAUCCCCUGAUAAAAACCUGCGAUGACUGAACACGCCCUAUGAUCAUCCGAGAAAAUUGAAACAACCAGAACAGAAAGAAGUUGAUUCAAUUCCGUCGUUGAAAAUUUCAUUAGACACUUCGAAAUUACAAUUUAUCCAUAUGAUGAUAUUCUAGUCAAACGGUUGUUCCGUAAUUAUUAUUUGGUUUUUUCUCUCUCCAGGAGUUCAAUUUCAGAGGACAACAUUGACCAGUGCAAAAUUUAUUUUGAAAAAUUCGCUCCCCAAAUUUCGAAUGAAUCAAACUUUUGUUGGUUUUUUUGUUCGUCGGGCGAACGAAGGGUAGGAAAUUAUUUCGAGGAUGAUGACAGAGCCAUUGCCGAUGAUAUGUAAAAUUAUAAAUAAUUAUUAAAGAAUGUUACGAUAAUUAUUGUACGUGAUUUUUGUUUGUGUGUGCGUGGGUGGGUUUCUUUGUUACGGUCGGUUAUCGCAAAUGUUAU